AUCCAAGAAGAAGGUGGCGGUAUUUUGUAUACAAUGAACAAAACUCGUGAGGCAUCCGAGGAGGAGUUGUUGUAUGGUCUUGAAUUGAUUUCAAUGGAAAUUUUGAAAAGCGGCACGACCACAUUGGAAGCGAAAAGUGGCUACGGUACAUUCCGCUUUAUAAUCUCUUUCAAAAUUUGUUCGGAAUUCAAAAUUUGUGGAAAUUAA